AUAAAGGCAUAACAUACGAACAUUUCAUCCAGAAACUGUUUUCCGUCUAACUAAUCAUGAAUCUGUUUAAGCCUCAUCGUCUGCGGCUUUACCGCGACGGAGUUAUGUUUUCUGAAAGAAAUGUAUCUCAGCGAAGUCAUUCGUACUCAAAUUAUCGAGAGUUAAUAGAGAGUUACACUGCUAUCUCUGAUAAACAUUUGACUCCAGAAAUCAAACUGAGGCUAAUUACACGUGAAUGUCAUGCAUGGAACGAACCAGUUGAAAACAACUCCAAGCAUCCACUAGGUGAGCCAUUUUGGGCAUUCUACUGGCCAGGAGGACAAGCACUUUCUAGGUAUAUUCUAGAUAACCCUUCAGUAACCAGAGGAAAACGUGUGCUGGAUUUCGGAUCUGGAAGUGGGGCACUUUCUAUUGCUGCAUUGAAAUCAGGAGCCAAGUCAGCAGUAGCAAACGAUAUAGAUCACAUGGCCAUUGCAGCUUCACAGUUGAAUGCACAGAUCAACGCAGUUGACCUGAAAUUCAGCGAGGACAAUUUAAUCGGCAGUGAUUGCAUGGAUUAUGAUUUAAUUCUUGUCGGAGACAUGCUAUAUGAUACAACUCUCUCGAAUUCUAUAGCAACUUGGUUACUGAACCUCCGCUCGGCCAACAAGAAAGUUCUUGUCGGUGAUCCUGGUCGAGGACCUGUUGGUACCUCAUCCGUAUUGGCCCAGUUGUGUCGCCUUGCAAAAUACGAACUGGAUACAGUCACCAAAAGAGACAAUUAUGGAUUUCAUCAAGCUCAUGUCUUUACCCUUCUUUAACAAUGUUUCUCAAGCAUGCACCACAGUGUAGUAAGUUGAAAACAUUUCUGUAUCAACUGCAAUGUCCUUCACAGCAA